CCAUAACAUCCAGCCGCUGGUGUAGAGAGCUAGUCUGCUCCGAGUGUAACAUCACCAGAUAAGGUUUAAAACAGAAUGGAUUUCAACGUGAAGAGACUCGCCUCCGGUGCUGGAGUGUUUUUCACGCGAGCUGUCCAGUUCACGGAGGAGAAGCUGGGCCAGGCGGAGAAGACUGAGCUGGACGCCCACUUCGAGAACCUGAUGAGCCGCGCAGACUGCACCAAACUGUGGACCGAGAAGAUCUACAGACAGACGGAGGCCCUGCUGCAGCCCAACCCAAGUGCCAGAAUUGAAGAGUUUCUCUAUGAAAAGUUGGACAGGAAGGCACCAUCCAGAGUUACCAAUGGAGAGCUGCUGGGUCAAUAUAUGCUGGAUGCAGCAAAGGAGUUUGGUCUUGGAACUCCAUAUGGGAGUACUUUGAUUGAGGUGGGGGAAUGCGAAAGAAGAUUAGGAGCAGCAGAGAGGGAGUUCCUCCAGACGUCAGCUAUCAGCUUUCUCACCCCACUCCGGAAUUUUCUAGAAGGAGACUGGAGGACCAUUUCAAAAGAAAGACGUCUUCUGGAGAAUCUUCGCUUGGACCUGGAUGCCUGUAAAACGCGUCUAAAGAAGGCCAAGGUGGCUGAGGCAAAGGCUGCGAUGGCACCAGAUUUUCAGGAGACCAGACCCCGCAACUAUGUGCUUUCUGCCAGUGCCUCUGCGCUUUGGAGCGAGGAAGUGGAAAAAGCUGAACAUGAGCUCCGAGUGGCCCAAACUGAGUUUGACCGCCAAGCAGAGGUUACACGGCUGCUUUUGGAGGGCAUCAGUAGUACACAUGUGAACCACUUGCGCUGCCUGCAUGAGUUUGUGGAGGCCCAAGCAGCUUACUAUAAGCAGUGUCAUUUCCACAUGCAAGAACUACAGAAAGAGCUGGGAAGGCUUCCCAAUGCAUUUGCACUGAACUCCACUCACUCCAUAGCUACCGCCAGCUCUGCACCCGAAGGCCUCAGCAGCCCUGUGGAGACAGACACACUGAAUAUUGAAGAAGUUCAGGCACCAGCUACAGGAACCCGCAAGGCCAAAGUCCUUUACGAUUACGAUGCUGCUGAUUCCAGUGAGCUCUCCCUUUUAGCUGAUGAGCUCAUUACAGUUUACACAGUGCCGGGCAUGGACUCUGACUGGCUGAUUGGAGAGAGAGGAAACCAAAAAGGAAAAGUGCCUGUCACAUACCUGGAGCUUCUCAGCUAAUGAACCCACUUGCAUUAAACCACACACAUGUGCAUGUGUGAUAACUACUGAAGCCAUGAGGUUUUUUCAUUCGCUUCAUUAAAUUUCACACUCUUCCACUAACCUGGAAACUUUUCAAUAGCAUUCCUCCACAGUAAGCAUCAGCAAAAGUGUUAAGUUAAACACACACUCACCUGUGUGCUUCUCAGAACACACUGAAGUAUAUUUACAUGACACCGACAGAAGUGAUAAUGGAGACAUUGUUACAAUGAGUGCAGGAGAAUCCCCAUGGAGAAAGGUUAACAUUACUUUUAGAUAUGGUUGGUGGAUUAGUAUGAUUAUUUAUUGCUUAUUUAUUGUUGUGCAUCCCAAUGGUUCAGGUACACUUUCCACACUGUCUGCAGAGGUAUAUCCAUCGAAUUUAUGUUCCUGAUCUGAUUUGGUUUUAAAAAGGUGUUUGUAUUGUCUCUUAGAAGUGUUCAAAGUGUCUUUAGAAGCCAGCCGUAUGGAUAAAACAAGCAUGCAAUUACCACGCCUCCUUGACUCUCCCGAUCAAAUACUGAUGACAAGCUUUGCCGUUCAAUUUUAGUCAGUUAAGUACAGUCAAUCUCUGUACGACAGACAAUCCUCAUUGAGGAAGAACAAGGGACAACAAACAUGGGCUAACAGACAUGCCAUUAUGUUGUGAAAUGAAAGGUGUGGCUGCUUCCUAGUUUUGCUGCAGAAAAGCCCUUCCAUUGUCUUCCAAUACUACAUGAACAUAUUUUCUUGUGUAUUGUAUCUUUAUUAUCCAUUACAUUUGACAAACAUUAGCUUCCUGAAGAACAAUAACUAUAAAACAGAAAAUAGUUUUUCAUCGAUGCUUUAUCGUCCAUCAUCCUCAAAUCUUGAGAAGCAGAUUUGCCUUAACUGCUAAUGAAAGAAUGUAACUCUAGUGUUAUUCAAAGCGACAAAAACAUUUUGUGGAAAGUAGGAUGAAAAGUUGCUAGCAACAGUUUUGCUUGAUUGAUUCAUCAAGAUUUCAUCUUGAUGUCUUAUUAAGAAAAAUCAACUUUUUUGUUGUUGCCUUUUUUCGUCUUACCCCUUUCCACGGCACUGAAAAUGUCACUUUGACCAAUAUAAACACCUGUGCAGAAAAUAAACAUGAACACUCCUUAAAUGAAGGGAAGGAACUGCUAAGGCCAUCUGCUGCAAACCAGAGAAUGUGCACUUCACAACAAAAUGUCCAGAGACCACCUUACGGCAUGCAAGACUGCAACUCCUUUUAAUCACGUGUGCGUGUUUGUGUGACUUUGGUUUGCCUUUAAGUGUUAUUUGAAUUAACGACUUUCCUGCCUGUUGCUGUUUUGUCUGUCAAUAAUUCAAAGUGUCUUCAGUCUUAGUGCUGCAUGUGCUACAGCAAGCCUGUCCUGCUGGACAUGCGCGUGUGUAUACAAGGUUAUGAUGUCGCUAAGCCUGUUUGUAGGAGAACUGGAGCACAAAUAUGUUUCCACAAAAGUUAAUGUGCUCUCUCACAUCCAAUAGAUGCAUCUGUCUUUUCUUCACCAGCCUUGCAAGGUUUUGUAAAAUGAGCACAAUGUUUGAAAAUGCAAAAAUCUGCCAGUAAAGGAGAAUUAUAAUUAACACUCAGGCAAACAUUUUCUUACCUGCAGUCAGUGAUAUGUGGGAAUGACGUCUAAUAAUUCUGGGUGGCAGAUGAAUCAAAUCUGUCAUGUUUCCUGCUCUACUCUUGUGCUCAUUUCACAGAUUUUGGAGGAAUUCUUUAAAAAAACAAUUGUUUUUUGCUGUUGUGACUCAGUUUACCUCAUCUUGUAUUGUUAUGUUUAUUUUAUUAUAUAUUUUGUCAAAAUAUGCCUUGACCAUGCUGAAUGAAUGGAAUGUAUGGGAUUUAAUAAAAUGUAAGAUAG